GUGACGUCACAUUCUUCCUUCCAAUCAGAACGCGGCUUUGCUCGGGUCACCCAAUCAGAGCUGCCGUUUCCCCAAGUGCUGGAAGGUUUGGCACGCGUCAGAACGGCGGGAAUUUGAUGUCACAGUAGCCCGCGAAAACUUGGAGGAGGUCGGUUGACCUUAUACAAAGUUUACGGACAUCCAUUUUAUUUACUACUCUGCGAUGGGAAUUCAGGGCCUAGCUAAGCUGAUCGCUGAUGUGGCACCCGGAGCCAUAAAAGAGCAUGACAUAAAGAGUUACUUUGGGCGUAAAGUAGCCGUGGACGCUUCUAUGUGCAUCUACCAGUUUCUUAUAGCUGUACGGCAGGAUGGAAAUAUGCUUCAGAAUGAGGAAGGUGAAACCACCAGCCACUUAAUGGGCAUGUUCUAUCGUACAAUACGUAUGGUGGAGCACGGCAUCAAGCCUGUUUAUGUAUUUGAUGGGAAACCACCACAGCUGAAGUCGGGGGAAUUGGCCAAGCGCAGUGAAAGGAGGGCAGAAGCAGAGAAAUUGCUAGAGGCAGCACAAGAAGCAGGUGAAGUCGAGAACAUUGAGAAAUUCAAUAAGAGGCUCGUAAAGGUGACCAAACAACACAAUGAAGAGUGCAAACAACUGCUCACAUUGAUGGGCAUCCCCUAUGUUGAGGCACCUUGCGAGGCUGAGGCUACGUGUGCUGCUUUAGUGAAAGCUGGGAAAGUGUACGCUGCUGCCACUGAAGAUAUGGAUGCAUUGACUUUUGGCACUCCUCUGCUGCUGCGUCACCUCACUGCUAGUGAGGCCAAAAAGCUGCCAAUCCAGGAGUUUCAUCUCACCCGUGCUCUAGAAGACAUAGGAAUCACACAAGAGCAGUUUAUUGACCUCUGUAUACUGCUGGGCAGUGAUUACUGUGAGACCAUUCGUGGUAUUGGUCCAAAGAGGGCUAUUGAACUAAUCCGACAGCAUAAAACUAUAGAAGAGAUAAUGGAUAACAUUGACCUUAAGAAAUACCCUGUGCCUGAAAAUUGGCUGCACAAAGAAGCUCGCCAGCUCUUUAUCGAACCCGAAGUGGUUGAUGUUAAUGGUGUGGAUCUGAAGUGGGUUGAUCCAGAUGAGGAUGGUCUGGUGGCCUUCAUGUGUGGAGAGAAGCAAUUCAGUGAAGACCGUAUACGUAAUGGAGCCAAGAAGCUGACUAAGAACCGUCAUGGCAGUACACAGGGCCGAUUAGAUGACUUUUUCAAAGUGACUGGAUCCAUCAGCUCUACGAAAAGGAAGGAAACUGAUGUUAAAGGAUCAGCCAAGAAAAAGGCAAAAACUGCAAGCACCCCAUCUGGGAAGUUUAAGAGGGGCAAGUGAAAAAAGCCAGGGGACUGAAUACAGAGAAAGGGGCUGUUUCUUAAGUAGUAUGUGUAUAAAUGAUGUUUAUAUGUUUUGUCCAUUGCAAAAAAGAUAAAUCUGUCUUUUUUCUGUCCAGUUAAGUGUUUAUAUAAAAGAAUUAUGGGCUGCACUAUUUUCUCUUUUCAAGACAUUGAAAAUUGUUACUGAUAGCGCCAUUUAGUUUUAAGUAUAUUCUAUUCCACGCUUACCUGUACAUGUGUUGACUUAAUAAAAAAAAAAAUAGCAGCAGCAGUACAAUCUUGGUUCCAUGACUCAAUUUAUUUAAGUUAUCCUUACCUAAUAAAGGGGUUAUGUGGCAGGAAGGGAGACGUGUACCUGUUUACCUGCAGUGCCUCUGAUAUCCUGCUCUGGUACACUGAUGAGAUCCUUUUCCUGAGCUGCAGAGAGACACCUGAGCCUAGGAAGCACCUGGGCCCAAUGUGUCAUUGAUGCUCACCAAUUAACUGGCCGAGGCAGACUGAGAGGCAAUACGACACAUUGGGCCCGGGCAUAACUCUAAACUCCCUCCUGCUGGAUAACCCAUUUUACAUUUAUAACAGAAAUUUUUAAAUGACUGCUCAUGCUGUUUGAUGGCUUCAUGUACUUACAGGCUGUUUGCUCUGUUUGUUUCAAUCUCAGGCUGAGUAGGAGAAGACUGGAAUUAUUGCAGCCUUUUACUUAGUGCUGGGUGGUAUAUCGGUUCAUAUCGAAUACCAAAAAUUUUUCCCCUCACGAUAUGAAUUUUUCCCAUACUGCAAUACCGGUUGGGCCCCUCCCCCCUCGAAUGACUUAAUUAUCACAUCAGUUUAUCAGCCCAGCGCUGUGCUGUCCCCCACAUCGGGGAACUAAUCAUAUGUCAUUU